AUGUAUGGUAUAUAUGAGUGCUUUGAGUUUAAUUCGUAUGCUUGGCAUGCUGUUGCUGCAUGGACAUGGGAUGCACAGGAUGAAACAUGUGGCAUUUGUAGAGUGGCAUUUGAUGGUUGUUGUCCUGAUUGUAAGCUCCCUGGGGAUGAUUGUCCACUAAUUUGGGGUGCAUGCAACCAUGCAUUUCAUCUUCAUUGCAUCCUAAAAUGGGUAAAUUCACAGACUUCUCAAGCACAUUGCCCCAUGUGUCGAAGGGAGUGGCAGUUCAAAGGAUGAGAAAAGUUUGGGAAUCCCAUAUAAGGAAAGUCCUGCCCCUUCUCUCCCUGUCUUAUUGUUGCAAGAAUUUCCAGUAGACUUGCAAAUAGUAUUUUCAUCUGAGGCAACAUGCAUUUUUUGUAUCCGGUAUAGCUAAGCUGAGGUAACUCCUCAAGGUUUCAGUUUCAAUCAUUUGGUGUACUCCCUCCCACUCGUGUAUUUGACCUCCGUAUUGAGUAGUGGCUGGGUGAUCCUUUUUCUCGUCUUCUUGAAAUUAUGUGGUAUCAGAAACCGUAGACCUACAAUGAUAUCAUAAUUUGCAUACGGUUAA